AUGUUCUGUGCAGUAACGUUACGGACUGCCGCCUUGAGCAAGUCGUUUCGUAGUGCGUUCCUGGCGCAGUCAACUACUGCACACAUUCGCUCGUGCAGUGCCCGAGUACCUCGACGAACGAGAGCGCUUGAGAGGACGUGUGCGAUGUCGACGGGGAGACGAGUCUGCAAGGUGCCCAAGGGCACCCGCGACUUCCUACCCGAGCAGAUGGCCAUACGUCAACGCGUUUUCGCGCUCGUGACCUCUGUUUUUGAACGCCACGGCGCAGUGACUAUCGAAACGCCUGUUUUCGAGUUGAAAGAGACGCUUCUGGGUCAGUACGGUGAGGAGAGCAAGCUCAUCUACGACAUUGCCGAUCAGGGCGGCGAGUUGCUUUCCCUCCGCUACGAUUUGACGGUGCCUUUCGCGCGCUUUCUUGCGACGCACGGCAUUGUGAGCCUCAAGCGAUACCAACUGGGUCGGGUGUACCGACGAGACCAGCCGGCGAUCGCUCGUGGUCGCUUUCGCGAGUUUUACCAGUGCGACUUCGAUAUUGCUGGUCAGCAUCCUCCGAUGGUACCGGAUGCUGAGGUCCUUCGAGUCCUCAUUGAAGUGUUGGACGAGUUUGCGGCUUUGAGCCCGUAUCAUCGCCAGAGACUGGGAUCCUAUCAGGUAAAACUGAGCCACCGAGGUCUACUGGAUGCGAUUCUGCAGCUAUGUGGCGUGCCGAAGGAGCUUCUGCGACCCAUUUGCUCAUCGAUUGACAAACUCGACAAGGAGCCUUGGGAUGUUGUACGAAAGGAAAUGAUCGACGUGAAAGGCCUAACCGCACCAUGUGCGGAUCGGAUUGGCCAGUUUGUGACGCGAGCGGGCAAGCCCAGGGAGCUGCUCCGCGAGCUCCAGGCCGACCACAGCCUCUGUUGCGGCAAGUUUGGAGCCGAGGAAGCACUGGCCGAUCUCGAGCGCUUGUUUUCGUACCUGGAGGCGAUGGGCAAUGUCCUGGAACGUUGUACGCUGAACCUUGCCCUCGCCCGCGGCCUAGACUACUACACGGGUCUCAUUUUCGAGGCCGUGCUCACGGACGGUUCAACACCGCUGGGCUCUAUCGGUGCCGGUGGACGCUAUGAUCGUUUGGUGGAGGACUUUGCCGGGAAACCCGUACCCUGCGUAGGCACUUCAAUCGGUAUAGAGAGAAUCUUUUCCCUAAUGGAGGAGGCUGAACGUGAACUUGCCCAAGCCACUGGCCGCGUCAUUCGCGCAAGCAAGACGCAGGUGCUUGUGGUGGGCAUUGGCAAGGUAGAUCUCGUGCAGCGUCUGAAAUUAUGUGAUGAGCUAUGGCGCGCUCAUCUAGCGGCGGAAUGUUUGUACGCUGAACGACCCAAGAUGGCUCGACAGCUGCAGUAUGCAUUGGAACGCGGCAUCCCGGUGCUCGCCAUUCUCGGUGAAGACGAACUCGCAGCCGGCGUGGUCGGCCUCAAAAGGCUGUCGACGCAGGAGCAAAUCCAGAUGCAACGGGGCCCGCCCCUGGUUCAGGCUAUUCGUGACUGGCUUGCAUCGGAAAGCAACCAAGAAGCGGGACAGGAGUCUGUAGAUCGUGACGGUAAUUGUCGUCCAGAACCCGUGGCAUCAGUUCGAGAUCCGACAGCUACGACGCCUGGCGCAAACUGA